GUGAUGAAUUUGUGCUAACCACAAAACAAAACCUCUAAACCAGUUGUGCAUCCAAAAAAAUCUAAGAAAACACAAAAAAGAGAAAGUUUCUUAUUUGAUUCGAUAUUUACCUUCGAAGCUACAAAGUUCAAUAACAAUAAAAUGUUACUGGAACAAGUUCAGUUUGUGCAAAGUCUUCUGGACCAAUAUCAAAUCAAUUUAUUGAAUUCUUUAUUCAUAAAUUUCACAUUAACCAUAAUUCUUCUGGGACUGCUCAUCAAUGCCAUCGAACCUCAUCUGCCGGCUUUUAUAACCCAAUCAUUCCGCUAUGGUAAGCACAGCCACAAGGGACAACAGAAUGCUCUCGUCGGGAAAUUAGAAGUGCCUAAAUCUUGGUUCAGUCAUUUUUAUGUUUUUGCCUUUGGGUGGUCUUUGCUGGCACUGAGUCUCAAUUUGAAGUCUCUCAUCCAUGGAAGUUCGGCGCCGGAGUGUGUUGUUGAUUUUCUGGACUUUGUAGCUGGUGGCAAGGAAAGAAAAGUCUUGGUUAACUCGACUUCAGGGCUCGUGGCGACAGUUCUCAUCACGAUGCAGUGUGUUCGACGAUUCUAUGAGACAAAUUUCAUACAGAUCUUCUCGCCCAAGAGUAAAAUCAAUUUGUCACACUACAUCGUUGGAUACUUUCACUAUUUUGGAUGUAUUACAGCGGUAUUGGCCAACACAGAGGGAUUCGUGCGAGGAACAACACCAUCGUCAUUCUCAAUCCAGAAGAUCACCUUCAUGCAGUACAUUUGCUGCUUCAUUUUCCACUUCAGCUGGUCCCAGCAAUACAAGUCCAACAUGAUUCUAGUCAAUCUGCGUAAGGAUGCCGCUGGCAAAACAGUCACCGACAAACACCUCAUGCCACAAGGUGGAUUCUUUGAGUUCGUUUCGUCGCCUCAUAUGUUCUUCGAAGUUGCUAUGUACGUGGCUAUCUCUGGAGUAAUUCCAGGCAGUAGCACUUGGGCUUACAUCGUCAUUUGGGUAAUUGCCAAUCAGACUGAAAACGCUUGGCUCACGCACAAAUGGUACAAAGAUAACUUCAAGAACUAUCCAAAGAGACGUUAUGCCAUAUAUCCAUACAUUCUCUAGAUUAGAUAUACAAUUAGAUUUGGAACUUUUAAAAGGAUACAUUCCAUAAUCUAUUAACAAUUAAGUGCAAUAGUUUUUAAGAUAUAACACGUUUACUUUCAAUUUGAUUCCUUGUCAGGUGCUAUUUCUUAAGUUUAACAAACGAAAAAUAAGACUUUUGGUUCCAACGCUUGGUUGCGUUAUAUUUUUUAAGAACUAUUUUUUUUAUUAUAAAAAAGAAACAAACAAAAAUGUAAGCUUUAAUUUAAAUUAAAAACCGUAAAUAUUGAUUUUUCAUGUGACGAAAAUAAAGUUGCAUGCACCAUUGAAAACCA